GCAUUUCUCUCUCUAAAAUAUGGAAAAAGCCUGACUUCUCUCCUCUCUCUCUCUAAAUCCGGACAUGUCCGUUUCUCUUUUCUAAAUUCAGGCAUUUCCUCUCCCACUUCUUCCUCAAUCUCUCUCCUCUCUCUUCCUUUCUCUCUCUAAAAACACCGACGCGUGUUCCAACGCAAGUUCUGCAUAUCCCACGAUCGUCCCCUUUAAAAGGAAACAACACAGACCUCAAAAAGAAAACCCUCGAUCACGAACCAGAUUUUCUCAAAAACCUAGAGAGAGAAGCAUUUGGAGAAGAAAACCUAGAGAGAGAAACUAAGAGAGGGGGAGAGAGAAGGUUUUCUCCGUCUUCCCUUUUUGAAUAAGGUCACCGUAAAACGAAAGCAGUAGAGAGAGAAAGGGAUAGAGCCUAGAGAGAGAGAGAAAGGGGGAGCUUGUAGCAUUUCCUUUCUCUCACUUGCGUUUUAUGCCCGGCGUUUGCCGAUCUCGCCAUCGCCAUGACCAGGCGGUGCUCUCACUGUAGCAACAACGGCCAUAACUCCAGGACCUGCCCUUCUCGAGUGGUGAGGCUCUUUGGUGUUAGGUUAACUGAUGGCUCCAUCAAGAAGAGCGCUAGUAUGGGGAACCUCACCCAUUACACGGGCUCGAAUAACCCUGGCUCAUCUCCUGAUCCCUCUGAUCCACCUGCUGUUGCAGAUGGUUAUGCUUCAGAUGAUCUAGUUCAGGCUUCUUGCUCGUCGAAUUGUCGAGAAAGAAAGAAAGGUACACCAUGGACAGAAGAGGAGCAUCGGUUGUUCUUGGUUGGUCUCCAGAAGCUUGGGAAGGGGGAUUGGCGGGGGAUCUCCCGCAAAUUUGUGACGUCAAGGACGCCAACCCAAGUGGCUAGCCAUGCUCAGAAAUAUUUUAUCCGCCAGAACAAUGCUUCUCGUAGAAAGAGGCGCACCAGCCUCUUUGACAUUGUUGCAGAUAGGUCAAAUGACACCCCGCCUGUUCCAGAAGAGGAUUGCAUGCAUGAGGAGGCCAUAGAUACCACUGACAAUGGCCUCUUGCCCUUGCGCCUGGCCCCUGACUUUGAGUGCGAAUCAAUGGAAUCGACGAAUAAUACAAGAGAAAUAGACACGGUCGAAUCGCCUGCGUGCCCCUUCCCCAUGAUGUUCCCUGCCUUCUACUCUCCCUAUGUUCCAAUCCCUGUCCCAUUUCCAUUCUGGGCCCCUGCAACCAUGGCACCAGGCUUAGAGAAAGAAAGAGAAACUUUGGGUCCGGAGAGAGAGAGAGAAACACAUGCAGUGCUUAAGCCUACAGCUGUGGUGUCAAAGAGCCCAAUCAAUGUGGAUGAGCUUGUGGGUAUGUCGAAGCUGAGCCUUGGAGAAGCUCCUGGCCAGCCUGGGCCGUCGGAUCUGACUGCAAGGCUCCUGGGUGGGCCUGCAAGGCAAUCGGCUUUUCAUGCUAACCCUGGAGCGGGACUCGGUGCUAAUGGCGGAAGUGCAAUACAUGCUGUUUGAGUGGUGAAUUGGGGGAUUGGAUUCAUUGGUUCUCUCUCUCUCUCUCUAACUUUGUUCUAUCUUUUCUUAUUUUUGGAUCAUAGUUGUUGGUUGUCUCCUCUCUGCAAGAAGAAUUUGGGGAGGGAUACAUAUAUGGGGAUCAUGGUUUUUAUUCUUCUUUUUUUCUAUUUUGUUGUAAUGGAAGGACAAGUUCAUGGGAGUUAGGGAAAAUGGACUGCAGAUGUAGGUUUCGGGGUUUGAUUGAAUAAUCGAGUAUUCAUACAGUUCCUUCCCCCUCUCUCUCUCUCUCUAAGUGGUUGAGGAUUCACAAGCGAGAGUCAACUGUAUAACGCCUAUAUUAUAAGGAUCAUUCACUUUUGGUACAAGGUCAUAA